AUGCGUGAAAUCCUACAUAUUCAGGGAGGCCAAUGCGGCAACCAGAUCGGAGCCAAGUUCUGGGAAGUAGUCUGCACCGAGCACGGCAUCGAUUCCACCGGCCGCUACCAAGGCGACUCCGAUCUCCAGCUCGAGCGUGUCAACGUCUACUAUAAUGAAGCCAGCUGUGGCCGAUUUGUUCCCCGAGCCGUUCUCAUGGACCUCGAGCCGGGAACCAUGGACAGUGUCCGUUCCGGGCCCUUCGGUCAGAUCUUCCGACCCGACAACUUCGUCUUCGGCCAAUCUGGGGCUGGAAAUAACUGGGCUAAGGGUCAUUAUACGGAGGGAGCUGAGCUCAUUGACUCUGUACUUGAUGUGGUUAGGAAGGAGGCUGAGAACUGCGACUGCCUCCAGGGAUUUCAAGUAUGUCACUCUUUGGGAGGUGGCACAGGAUCUGGGAUGGGAACCCUGCUGAUAUCCAAGAUAAGGGAGGAAUAUCCCGACCGGAUGAUGUUGACAUUCUCUGUUUUCCCAUCUCCAAAGGUAUCUGACACUGUGGUGGAGCCAUACAAUGCGACACUUUCAGUACACCAGCUUGUUGAGAAUGCUGAUGAGUGUAUGGUCCUGGACAACGAGGCUCUUUAUGACAUCUGUUUCAGAACUCUCAAGCUCACAACUCCCAGUUUUGGAGACCUGAACCAUUUGAUAUCUGCCACCAUGAGUGGUGUAACUUGCUGUCUUCGGUUCCCUGGUCAACUCAACUCCGAUCUCCGAAAGUUGGCAGUCAAUCUUAUACCAUUUCCACGACUCCACUUCUUCAUGGUUGGCUUUGCCCCACUUACCUCUCGUGGAUCCCAGCAAUAUCGUGCUCUCUCUGUUCCUGAACUCACCCAGCAAAUGUGGGAUGCUAAGAACAUGAUGUGCGCUGCUGAUCCUCGUCAUGGACGGUACCUCACCGCAUCAGCUGUUUUCCGUGGCAAGAUGAGCACCAAGGAGGUGGACGAGCAGAUGAUAAAUGUCCAGAACAAGAACUCAUCAUACUUUGUUGAGUGGAUCCCGAACAAUGUGAAGUCCACAGUUUGUGACAUUCCCCCCACUGGCCUUAAAAUGGCAUCCACAUUUAUUGGUAACUCGACAUCAAUCCAAGAGAUGUUUAGAAGGGUCAGUGAGCAAUUCACUGCCAUGUUCCGGAGGAAGGCUUUCUUGCAUUGGUACACUGGAGAGGGUAUGGAUGAAAUGGAGUUCACAGAAGCUGAGAGCAACAUGAACGAUUUAGUUGCAGAGUACCAACAAUACCAAGAUGCCACUGCUGAUGAGGAAUAUGAAGACGAUGAGGAGUAUCAAGAAGAGGAGGCCUGAGAAAAUACUAGAUCCGUCUCUGCACGCAUACAAUACUUUUGUAUGGCGCUUAUGUGUAUGUUUGGGUAGUCUUUAUUUUGAGGAUUUGGCUUACAGAACCUUUAAGCAUUGAGCAACUCUUGAAGUAGCAUCUGCCGUAGUAUUUGUUGAAAUUUCUGGUUUUCAUCCAUUUGUGUAGCACUUUCUUAUGUUUUUGCUGAAACAGAAUGGUUACUUUGUGACUUCAACCAGCUAAAGUUAAAUGUAGGAAUC